UCUUGAUUGGAAUCAACUGUAUAAAUAUUAAAAAUAAUAUGAAGCGUAGUUUAUCAAGUAAACCUGACAAUGCUCUUAUGUUUUAGAAUAAUUUGCUAAGCUCAAGUCAUCGCCUAUGCUUCUGUCUAACAAAAUCACUUUCAGUCUCUUUCCCAUUUAAUAAAACCAGUUUCUCUUCCUACGAUAGAAGCAAAGCAAAUCAAAGUUCCCUCAACGUAUUUUGUUCUCUUUCAUGGCGUCUUCGUCUGCUCCUCCUCCUCCUCCUCAAGUGAAACAUCAAGUUUUCUUGAGCUUCAGAGGUGAAGACACACGCAAUAACUUCACCAGUCAUCUACUCAAAGCUUUGAAAGACACGGGAUUGAAUGUCUUCUUCGAUGAAGAAAAACUAGAGAAAGGGGAGAAACUUUCAGAUGCACUUUCUCAAGCAAUUGCAGCCUCAAAUCUCUCAAUCCUCGUUUUAUCUAAAGACUAUGCUUCGUCAAAGUCAUGCUUAGGUGAACUUUCUGACAUUAUGGAUCGCAAGCGUAAGCCCACUGACAAACAUAUUGCUCUUCCCAUCUUUUACCAUGUUGAUCCAUCGCAUGUGCGAAAUAUAGGUGAGACUUUUAAGACAUCCUUUGAAGAACAUGAAUCAAAGAGGCCAGUUGAUGAAGUGAAGCGAUGGAAAGUCGCCUUCACUGAAGUCGGUACAUUAAAAGGGUGGCAUAUAGAAGGAGGCAAAUUCGAUAGAUCUGAAACCGAGUACAUUAAAGACGUCGUUGAAUAUGUUUUAAAAAAGUUGAAUAGCAAUUGCACAAGUGUUUCUGAAGAUUUGGUUGGAAUAGAUGAUCAAAAAAGGAUAAUUUUGGGGCUGAUUGAGCAAGCGGACAGUCGUGUAAUAGGACUUUGGGGAAUGGGUGGUAUUGGCAAAACUACCCUUGCUGAUAUUGUAUAUAAGGAAGUCUCUCCAGAGUUUGAAAGUCGUUUCUUUCUGCGAAAUGUUAGUAAGAAAAUAAAAGACCAGGGGGAUGAAUCUUUACGAAAUGAUCUUCUUUCCAAACUAUUAAAGGAAAAAGAAAUUUGUGUUGAUACCCCCUCCAUAGGAUACCCUUACAAUGAGAGGUUGAACAAUAAAAGUGUACUUCUUGUCCUUGAUGAUAUUAGUGACCCAGACCAAAUAGAUUUUAUGGGUGUUACACAUUUUGGUCCUGGAAGCAAAAUCAUUGUAACAUCCAGAGAUAGACAAAUACUUAACAAUGGAGGAGCUGAUAAAAUACAUGAGGUAAAGAAGUUAAAUGCGAAUGACUCUCUUCAACUUUUUUCUACAUUUGCAUUUAAGCAGUUGAAUCCUGCAGUUGAUUUUCGAGAUCUAUCACGCAAGUUUGUAAAAUAUGCCCAGGGUAGUCCACUUGCUCUUAAAGUUUGUGGUUCUACACUAUACAAAAAGUCUAGAAAAGAAUGGGAAAGCGAGGUGGAUAAACUGAGGGAAUGUGCGCAACCAAAAAUUUUACAGAUUUUGGAGAGUAGCUUUAAUGGGCUUGAUGAGAUAGAGAAGAAUAUAUUUCUCGAUAUUGCAAUCUUCUUUAAAGGGGAACGAAGAGAAAAUGUAGAAGAAAUUCUCAAUUGCUGUUAUAAGGGUGUAGAUGGUGUAAUAAGGAGCUUGCUCGACAAGAGCUUACUCGAUACCAAAAGUUAUUCCGAAAUUUCUAUGCAUGAUAUGCUUGAAGAGAUGGGUAGAGACACUGUUCGUCAAGAAUCUAGAAGACCUCAAGAGCAAAGUAGAUUAUGGAAUCCUAAAGACGUGGAUCAAGUGCUCAAAUAUAAUAAGGGGACUGAUUUAACUAAAGGAAUAAAGGUAUGCAUGUCUCCUACUGAUGUUCGACAGAUAAACCCUACUGCUUUACAGAACAUGCACAAUCUUCGAUUUAUCUACUUUUCUUUGACUAAAUGGGUUGGGGGAUAUGCUUAUGACCAAGUUGAUGAUAUUGCAUACCUUCCUAAUGAGCUAAGGUGUCUUUGUUGGGAUUGUUACCCCUUCAAAUCUUUAUCAUCAAAUUAUAAUCCAGAAAAUCUUGUCAUAUUGAGACUACGAGGUAGCAAUGUGGAACAACUUUGGAACGAAGAUAAGCAUCAGGAUCUUGUUAAUUUAAGGCAUAUCGAUGUUUCUUAUUGCAAAAAAUUAAGAAAGAUCCCUAAUCUAUUACGAGCCAUCAACCUUAAAACAGUUAUCUGUAGUUGGUGUGAUAAUUUGGUUGAAAUUCCAUGCCUCGAUCAUUUGGAAUCUCUAGAUGAACUUGAAUUUGAGGGAUGUUGUAAUCUCAAGAUGUUUCCCAAGGUCCCAAAUAUCUUUUCGGUGUUAGAUUUGUCGAAUACUGGAAUAGAAGAAGUGCCUGAUUCAAUUGGGCAUCUCGACAUGCUUGAAUGUUUGGAUUUGUCACACUCAAAAGUCCAAAGUGUAUCAAGCAAUAUUUUAAAGUUGAAAAAUCUUGAUGAUCUGGAUCUUAGUUAUUCCAUGAUCACUAAAUUCCCGGAAACCCCAAAGAACUUAACGAGCUUAAACUUAAGUGGGACUAAAAUUAAUGAAGUGUCCUUGUCUUCCAACCCUCUAAGUAAUCUUCGGGAGUUGGAUAUGGGCUUCUCAAGCAUUCAAAAGCUACAGUGCAAUAUCGCCCUCUUUUGUUCAGGAGAGACAACAGGUGUUGCGCCCUCACCAAACUUGAGGUUUAAAAGCCUUGGAUGUUUGACAGUGCAUGAAUGCAACAGUCUUAAAUUACUCUCCGAGCUUCCUCCAUAUCUGCGGCAAUUGGAUGCGAAUUACUGCCUAUCAUUAGAAGAAGUAUCUUUCUCAGCGCAACAUCAAGAUCUAUAUGAACUCCAUUCUAGUUUUGAUAAUUUUGACUGCUUCAUGUUAUUCAGCAAUUGCUUCAGCUUGAAUCAAGAUUCAAUUGAUAACAUUGCGGCAAAUGCCAUGCUCAAAAUUAGAUUCCUAGCCAAGAAAUGGGUAUCAAAAUAUCAUCUUCGUCCACCAGUUUUUUAUUCAUAUUUCCCGGGAAACGAAAUUCCAUCAAAUAAGUUCGAACAUCAGAGCAAUCAUUCUUCCUUAACCUUGAAGAUAGCCCCAAAUGGGUGUAGUGGGAGCAGAUUCUUGGUUUUUUCCAUCUGCCUUGUGGCUGACCUCACUGAACUUCUCUUGGAUUGUUCUGAAUUUAUCUGUGAAUGCCAAUUGACAGCUGCUAGUGGUGCUCGUCAUGAAAAGUUCAAAAGUGUGUGGCAAGGCAAGCAAUAUCAUAGCGCAUCGAUGGGGUGCAUGGGUGACCACGUGUUGAUCCUAUUUGGUGGUGAUAUGGUUAAAAAAGACGAGGGUUAUGAGCAGGCAUCAUUUGAAUUCUACCUCAAAUACUUGGGCGAAGAAAAUAUGAAGGUGAAGAAAUGCGGUGUAGAUAAGUUGCUAUACCAUGUUGAAGUUGGCAUGCAUGCAGCACAUGCAGCACAUGAAGCAGCCAAGAAGCAGAACAAGCUGCAAAGCCAUACUUAUGCUGGCUAA